AUGUUUAAAAGGUCAUGCGACAUCUCUCUGUCCUAUCAGAGUAAGAACUUGCCGCAGUGCCGCGCUGAAUAUAACGUCUACAGCACGUUCCAGAGUCACGAGCCGGAGUUCGACUAUCUGAAGAGUCUGGAAAUCGAGGAAAAGAUCAACAAGAUCCGCUGGCUUCCUCAGAAAAAUGCUGCACACUUCCUGUUGUCCACAAACGAUAAAACCAUCAAGCUCUGGAAAAUCAGUGAACGAGACAAGCGACCAGAGGGUUAUAACCUCAAAGAAGAGGAUGGCCGCUACAGGCAUCCAUCAUCCCUCACAACACUACGGGUUCCAGUGUUCCAGCCGAUGGACCUGAUGGUGGAGGCGAGUCCGCGGCGGGUUUACUCCAAUGCUCACACCUACCACAUCAACUCUAUCUCUGUCAACAGCGACAACGAGACGUAUCUGUCUGCCGAUGACCUCCGAAUCAAUCUGUGGCACCUGGACUUCACCGACCGAAGCUUCAGUAUCCUUUAUCUCAUAAUUUUUCAUCUCUCUGGUCUCAGCGAGGUCAUGACGGGCUCUUACAACAACUUCUUCCGGAUGUUCAAUCGCGACGCCCAGCGUGACGUGACCCUGGAGGCCUCGUGGGAGAACGGCUCCCCUGGAUGCCCGCUCAAGACCUGGCGCGUGUGCGCGGGGAGCCGGCGCAAGAGGAGCGAGAUCGGCGUCGACUGCCUGGACUUCAGCAGAAAGAUCCUCUACACCUCCUGGCAUCCUCAGGAUAGCAUCGUCGCACUGGCCACAGUCAAUAACCUUUACAUAUUCCAGGAGAAAGCCAAUUAGGGAUUUCGAACGGCUUCGUCCCCAUUCCUAGCUCCAAGAGUCAGACGGGAUACAUGCCAAGCACAACGUCUCUCCUGAAACUCAUAGUCUUAAUAUUAACCACUGUAGUACA